AUGUCGAGUUACGGCAGUACCACUCCCCCAGACGAAGGCUUCGAUAGAUAUGAGCCGCCAUUUUACUGUCAACAAACACAUCAAGGUAGUCCAAUGGAUGGAGGCAUCUACUGGCCCAAUGCGGGUGAAGUUCACGAGUUCGAUUCCCAAGAUAUGUAUCACGAAACGAAUUUCAUUAGCAGAAAUUAUGGCUACGAUGAAAUGCAAGUAUCGAACGAGUCGUACGAAGGAUUCCAUCAUAAUAUCAUACAUCAUAACUUUUCACAAAAUGCAGGAAUAGACUGCGACAUGCAGUCUCUACCACGCUACGACCGCGCGCAGCCGUCGUUCGUCCGAGUUGUAAAACGGAGAACCACAGCUAAUAAAAAGGAAAGACGACGAACACAGAGCAUAAACACGGCGUUCACAGACUUGAGGGAGUGUAUACCCAAUGUGCCGCCGGAUACGAAACUGUCAAAGAUAAAGACACUGAGACUGGCGACAUCGUACAUCUCUUACUUAUUGAAGGUGUUAGAGAGUGACGGCGAACCGGCGGGCGGCUUCAGAGCCGAGUUGCACCACAAUCCACCACGCAGACGGACAAAUGAACAUGGACAGAACUCAGACAAGAAAGGCAAAGGCAGGACGGGAUGGCCGCAGCACGUUUGGGCUUUGGAGCUGAAGAGCGAGCAGAACCUUCAAAGCUGA